GGUCAACUAAUCCAAGUGUCAGCGGAGAAAUAAACACAACAGCAGGUCGCGACGUCCCUGUCAGGUCCAGGACUUAAAUCGGGGCUCUGAGCUUCACCGCAUUCAGGACUCACUUCUGACUAGCUCCCUACUUUGCUUUUUGUUUUUUUGUUUUUUUUAAUUUAUUGUUUUUUUUUUGUUCUCCAGAAGGCGACAAGUGGCACUUCGGGAGGAAAAUAAAAGGAUUUGUUAUUCGGCUUUCAGUUUCUCGCUCCUGCUCACCUGUACCAUGGCUUCAACCACCUGCACCAGGUUUACUGAUGAGUACCAACUGUACGAGGAACUGGGGAAGGGUGCUUUCUCUGUGGUGAGGAGGUGCAUGAAGAUUUCCACGGGGCAGGAGUACGCUGCGAAAAUAAUCAAUACCAAGAAGCUGUCUGCCAGGGAUCACCAGAAGUUGGAGCGAGAAGCCAGGAUCUGCCGCCUGCUGAAGCAUCCCAACAUCGUGCGGCUCCAUGACAGCAUAUCAGAGGAAGGAUUCCACUAUCUGGUCUUUGACUUAGUCACUGGUGGUGAGCUGUUUGAGGACAUUGUUGCCCGGGAGUACUACAGUGAAGCUGAUGCCAGUCAUUGCAUUCAGCAGAUCCUAGAAGCUGUGCUCCACUGCCACCAGAUGGGCGUGGUCCACCGCGACCUCAAGCCGGAGAAUUUGCUUCUAGCCAGCAAGUUGAAGGGGGCGGCGGUUAAACUGGCAGAUUUCGGGCUGGCCAUUGAAGUGCAGGGAGACCAGCAGGCAUGGUUUGGUUUUGCUGGGACACCAGGCUACCUGUCUCCAGAGGUGCUGAGGAAAGAUCCCUAUGGCAAGCCUGUGGAUAUGUGGGCUUGUGGUGUGAUCCUCUACAUUCUCCUGGUGGGAUACCCUCCAUUCUGGGACGAGGACCAGCACCGACUCUACCAGCAGAUCAAAGCUGGAGCUUAUGAUUUCCCUUCUCCAGAGUGGGACACGGUGACUCCAGAGGCCAAAGACCUGAUCAACAAGAUGCUGACCAUCAACCCAGCCAAGAGGGUCACUGCCACAGAUGCACUCAAACACCCCUGGAUCUGCCAACGCUCCACUGUGGCGUCCAUGAUGCACAGACAGGAGACCGUGGAGUGCCUCAAGAAAUUCAACGCUAGAAGGAAACUCAAGGGUGCUAUCCUGACUACAAUGCUUGCCACUCGCAACUUCUCAGCAGCCAAGAGCCUGCUGAACAAAAAACCGGAUGGUGUCAAAAUCAACAACAAGGCCAAUGUGGUCACCAGCCCCAAAGAGCCUGUCCCCACUCCUUCUCUGGAGCCUCAAACCACUGUUAUCCACAACCCAGCUGAUGGAAACAAGGAGUCCAGCGAGAGUGCCAACACUACUAUCGAGGACGAGGACGUGAGAGCUUACCUACUUAGCAUGAAAGCUCGUAAGCAGGAGAUCAUUAAAGUCACUGAGCAGCUGAUUGAAGCCAUCAACAAUGGAGACUUUGAGGCCUACACGAAGAUAUGCGAUCCUGGUCUGACGUCCUUCGAGCCUGAAGCCUUGGGCAACUUGGUGGAGGGCACCGACUUUCACCGCUUCUACUUUGAGAACGCUCUGGCUAAGGGGAAGCAGCCCAUCCACACCAUCCUGCUCAACCCCCACGUCCACCUGAUCGGAGACGAGGCGGCCUGCAUCGCCUACAUCCGCCUCACCCAGUACAUCGACAGCAGCGGCAUGCCUCGCACCAUGCAGUCGGAGGAGACGCGCAUCUGGCAUCGCCGCGACAGCAAGUGGCAGAACAUCCACUUCCACCGCUCCGGCUCGCCCACCGUGCCCACCAAUUGAGACGACCACCUUGGACCACCAAAACCCUCAAGCCUACAGCAGUCAGCUGACCAGAUCCCGCCUCUCAUGCGUCCAUCGAACCCCCCCAAGCCAAUCCCUGCCCUCAUAUGCUUAGAGCUCCGCCCUCUCAGUGUGUUGUUUACAUAUUGUCGCUGCUGGACUGAAGAUUAUUGUACAUGUUGAAAGAAACAAAAAAAAUCAGCUAGAGGGAGAAAAGUUCAAGUCUUGACAAUAUCAUUUUUAGUGAGAGUGUGUGGUGUUCACAUCAGGAUAUCUCCAUCAGCAUGUUUUAUUACUCAGUUGUUUUUUUUCUAGAGCAGUAUGUUUUAAAUAGAAGUGGAUUCCACAGGAGCCACUGGAUUGGUUUUAUUGGGGUAACGUGAGCCUCCCAGUCAUCAUGUAGUGACUUUUCCAUUUGAACAUGACACAUAUUGAGCUAUUGUGAUGUUUUUAGCCUUUUUUUGGCACGAUGACCAAUAUAUGACAUAUCUGCUUUUUACUCAUGUAUCUUUUCAGAACUGCCAUCUAUUGAAGCUCAGACACAAGCUUGCUUUGUUUCGGUGAUGUAUAGGUUUUUCGGUAAUUGAUGUAAAAUCUCUCGCUCUCUUUGCUUGACCUGUAGCAGCGUCCGUACGAACUGAGUCGACUAGUUUUUCCAGAUCUGUUCUCUCUGGGUUUUUUGGCGUUGGAGUUAGCUAUGUUUACUAGGAACUUUAACUACAUGUUAAAAAGGGAAAAUCAAGUGGAACAUGUUUUUAUUUCAUCCGUGUCCAUCAUCACAGGGCAGCAUGUAAGAAGAGCCUCUUAUGAUAGAAUGUAAACUGUAGAGAUAGACUUCUAUAAAGGCCAUUCUGUGACUCUGACCAGUCAAAUCAUAUUUUCGUACAGUAAGGAGCAAAUUAUGUGAAUUUUAUCACUUUGUUUUGUUUACGUUUUAUAUUGUGAUAUUGAUGCUCGUCCCUCCAACUUCUCGCUUUCCUUUGUGUUUUGAUUCCCACCUUUUACUGUGUGUUCCACUGGUGUACGCCAACGUUUUACAGCACCAUGUUGGACACACUUACAGCUAACUGUUCGGUUUUUCACUGAGGACUGGAUUAUUUGUGGAAUUACUGAGCAGUAAGUCGCCAUUUUCAUUCCACUGUUGUUUUAGCGUCACUGUCAGGUGAAAGGGGUAGUAUGUUAAGACUCGCAUUUUAAAACACAGAUUAGGUUGUUGUGUAAAAAAAGUGAAGUUGAAUUUGUUUAAUCACAUUAUCAUCCACUGCAUUUUCUUUCUAUCUUUCUAAUCUGCAUUGAACUUCCUGUUGGGACGCUGGUAUUUAAUGUUACCAUGACGGGACAAGCCUGAUGUAUGUUUAAGAAAUCUCUAAUAAAAUGUGUGAUUUAUGCCAAAUGA